UCCCACGGGCGUAAAGUGUUCUGUUUCUACUUGUUUUCGGCGAAGAUCUUCGGUCCAUGGAUUCAGGAAUGCAAAAAAGCGCAUACUAGGCAAAGGAGAUGUGAAAGACGAGAGUAAAUCACUCCGUGUAGAAAACGAUUUCGACGUAGUCACUGAAUGGGCUGAAGAUGUCCAACACAACACAUCGGAACCGGUACAAAAAUGCUGGUCUGGACUCCACAGAAAUGCGGCGCCGGCGGGAGGAAGAAGGCAUUCAGUUGCGAAAGCAAAAACGCGAACAACAGCUGAUUAAGCGUCGUAACGUCAACGUGGCCGAUGAGAUCGAUCAGGAAGCAAUUCUUUCGGAUGAGACGACAUCGACCGAUAACCAGUCGCUCAUACCGCAGGCCGUUAUCCAAGCAUUGUACAGUGAAAACGUCGAGGAACAGCUGAUUUCCACACAGAAGUUCCGUCGGUUGCUCUCCAAAGAGCCAAACCCUCCCAUUGAUAUGGUGAUCAAACAGAACAUCGUUCCACGAUUGGUGCAAUUUUUGGGAAAUUCGCAAAACUCUACGCUACAGUUCGAAGCGGCCUGGGCACUCACAAACAUUGCUUCCGGUACGUCAGAACAAACAAGCGUGGUGAUAGCAGCUGGCGCGGUGCCAAUCUUUGUCGAUCUUAUGAAAAGCCCACACGAGGAUGUGCAGGAGCAAGCAAUUUGGGCGUUGGGUAACAUUGCCGGUGAUUCACCCGAGUGUCGGGAUUGCGUGUUGGAUCACGAUGUGCUGGAACCUUUGCUACAUGUAUUGGGUACCUCUCGCCGGCUAACACUAACGCGCAAUGCUGUAUGGGCGCUGUCCAAUAUGUGCCGAGGUAAGAAUCCACCGCCCGAUUUUACGAAGGUCGAGAAAUGCCUUCCCAUCCUUUCCCAACUAAUGUUCCACAACGAUGUGGAGGUGCUGGGUGAUGCCGUGUGGGCUGUCAGCUAUUUGUCCGACGGUUCUAACGACAACAUCCAGGCCGUUAUCGAUGCUGGGUGCUGUCGGCGUUUGAUCGAGCUUCUAUCGCAUAGCCACAACAAUGUGGUGUCCGCGGCGUUGCGCGCUGUUGGCAAUAUCGUCACCGGCAACGACACCCAAACGCAGCUGAUCCUGAACUGCAAUGCCUUACCCUCGAUUCUGCAGCUGCUCAGCUCGACGAAAGAGGCGGUCCGCAAGGAAGCAUGCUGGACCAUCUCGAACAUUGCGGCUGGCAACCGGAAUCAGAUCCAGGCAGUGAUCGAUGCCAACAUCUUCCCCAGCAUCAUCGAUCUGCUGCAGAAGGCAGACUUCAAAACCCGAAAAGAGGCCGCCUGGGCUAUCACGAACGCAACGAGCGGUGGUACUGUUCAACAAAUCAAGUAUCUAGUUGAUAUCGGUUGCAUACCGCCCAUGUGCGAGCUGUUGACCGUAAUGGAUGUCAAAAUAGUUACCGUGGCACUAAACGGGUUGGAGAACAUUCUGAAGGUGGGCGAAGAACAGCGAACCAAACCGAACCCAUACGCGGUAAUGAUCGAAGAAUGUUACGGUCUCGACAAGCUGGAGUUCUUGCAAUCACACCAUAACAAUGAUAUUUACGAGAAGGCAUUUAGCAUAAUCCAAAAGUACUUUAGCAACGACGACGAGGAUCUGGCGGUGGCACCGAGCACGGAUAACAAUCAGUUUCAGUUCAAUGCAGACCAAUCGGUGCCAAUGGAUGGGUUCCAGUUUUAAAACUACCACCCCUCUCCUCUAUCUCUCUCCCUCAACAAGUCUACCCCUAACAAGCUCUACGUUAUUCGGAUUCCCAGAUGGUGUUGCUGGUGGGGCUUAUACCUUCCCGGCACACAUUCCGCGGCUAUAUUAACAUUCAUCAACCAGGGCUACACAGAGGAUGGCAGAGAAUAAUUAGGCGGGCCAUCGUGAAUGUAGUAGAGAAUUUCGGAGAAACAAAGUGUGAUUAAUCCAUUAGAUGAAGGAACAUCCCGGCACAUAUACAUACAAAACACUCCCCUUCAUUUUACUUGUCAAGAAUUGCGCAUGGGAGCAGUUUGUAGUUUACAAAUUAUAAAUAUAAUCAUGUAAAAUGAAAAUUUACGUUUAACGGACACCGAAUUCCGGAAGCUAGGGAUUUUGAAAUGCUAUCAAUAUGAUGAUAUGAAGAAGCUUAUCUAAUUUAUUGUACCUCCAGGCCUUAACCUUGUUGCAUCCCCUCCCUUAACCCUCUUGUACAUCCGACGUUUACAAAGAAAUAACUUCCGUAACAAUAUGCCGUGACCGCCCCACAUACACUGACACACACACACAUACACACACAUUUAUCGAACAACAAAUAGAAGAAUAUAACAAAUGCAGUAGGUAGAAUGCUAAGAACAAUAGGACAUUUUCCAAAUGAUGUGCAGAAACAUUGCUAAAAUAAUAUGUAUAUACACAUCAAUUUACAUGUUUUUUAACUGAACUUAACUCGUUUCCUGCUAAUCAAACGUCCUUUUCUGUAAUGAUUUUAUUUGGCAUAACGAUCUAGUACAAAGUGGCGACCGCGCGCUUCUUUACUAGAAAUUAUGUUUAUCAUGAAGACGGAAAGUCAGUUCUUGUUACUACCGAAGCUAGUCGGAGUCUGGGUUAGGACAGUGGCACAACACUGUGGAACCGUUCCGGCAACUUGCUUUGCUUGUGUAAGCUUGUAACAUGCUCUAACAAAUGUGUGACGUGGAAAACGCAUUUCCACCACUAGUCCUAUAUCCUUUACAUACCCUUUGCUGGACAAACGUUCUGCUCAGUUUGCAAAUACCUACAACCUUCCGCACAAUAGACGCCCUCUUAAACCAGUGAGAACCAGGGAACAGAGGAAUGGCGUUCGUAACAGUAUAACAAAUUGAAAUUCCAACCUCACAUCAAACCAAGGGUCCCGGUGGUGGUCUAUGUUGUGUCAGACUACCGCAUAUGUCGAUGGUUCGCAAAAACAAAAAACAACUAAACCUAAAUUAACAAUAAAAUAUUCACCAUUUAUCUCUUGGAAGACGAAA